GAAGUUUACACGUGUUCUAAUAAUCCGUCGUACGGACCUAUAGACCGUCCGCGUGUAGAACCUACCGGUUCGACGGACGAUUUAAUGCGAUCGACUGAUUAAUUUAAUUUUUAAAGUCGAUGUCGUGACAAUCGUUUCGACUUCGUAAUAUAUUAUUAAUAUUUAUCGCAUCUCUCUUGUCCAGGAUCGUCGUGCAAGUUGCCAAGCGGUUUGCCACGCGAUGGAGUGUUCGACAGCCGUAAAACCGAGGUACCUAUCAAAUAAAUAAAUUAAUGCAAAGUUGCGGGCAAUGGUAAUAAUAUGUUAACUCGAUUAAGUUAAGUUAGUUAUCGAAGACAGAGUUACGAGUUAACACGUUAAAAUUUAAUUUUUACAUCAAAUAACUAAUUUAACUUCAAAUUUAAAAUUCAAUUAAUUUUUCAUGUUAGUUAUAAUUGAUUUAAUUUUUAGAUUCUAAAUGGAGCGAGGAAUAUAUUGAUUUUACGAUGAUGUUUUUUUUAACUGUGAAUAACUGUUCUACGAGAAAUCUCGCUCCAAUUUACAAAGAAAGCACAUUUUGAAAGGGAAUCUGACUGAAGUGAUACUUUAGGGAGGUCAUAUAUUGGUUUUUUUAACAGUUUUCAUAAUAAAUGUGAAAAACCGAUGAAAACAUGGGAAAACCGGUCUCAAGUAGACUUCACGACAAAUUCGAAUUUGCUCUCAGAAUUCUUAUCACAUUACUAGAUCGAUCAGAACGUUGGAAAAAAAAACACUUUCAAGUCCCUAUAUCUCACGUGUGUAAGACAAAGACAGAAACUCGUCGAUUUCCAUCCCUUUAACCUAAAUAUAUUAUCCAAUUUUAUGUUAACUUGGUGUAAUUUAAAAAAUUAAAUAAUGCCAUGAACUGCUCGUUCAACACACAGUAACAAUCGGAACUAUCGGUAGUUAAAUAAUGUUUUUUGAAUAUUCAGUUGAUCGUCUUUUCUAUAUUUAAAUAAGAAGCCUCUAGGAACUGUUUGGCCACAAAUAAUAAAAUGGUUUUUAAUAAAUUUUGACACUUGGUCACUUUUUUAGACGCUAUAUCUUUUCAUAAUUUAAACCGGCAGACAUAAAAAUACGUUUUUAUUUUUAUUUGAUAUUUAGUGUAAUGAUAUCUAUGUAUAUGUGUAAAAAUCGACUCCCGUUAGUAUAUCAAGGGUGAAGAUAAGUUUUUUUCUCGGUAUUGUAAUUUUGAAAUUUUGAAAUUUACAAGAUAUGAGUAUGCGAAAUACAACAAUUAGAAAAUAGUCAUAUCUCGUUUAGAAACUAAGAUAUUAAAUGAAUUGCGCCAACGUUGUUCAGAUAAUAUUCUUAUAUUUAAAUUUUUAUAGUUACCUGUUAUCUUCACUAUAUUAACAGUAAUAACAGUAAUAAAACUAACAGUAAAAAGUCAUUUCUGCUAACGUAAAUUUGCUAUAGCAUACGUUUGUAGAACGAAGGCAACACAAUACACAUGCGAGUGUCCACGUUCUUUUAACAUUACCAUUGACAAGAAUUAUAAAUAUAUACUCAUAUAUAUUUUCUUUUUUUAGUGAUAGACAACCGCGGUUUUGGAAACAGCGCAGGAACAUAAUUGCACUAAUGGCGUUUUUGGGAUUUUUCAACGUUUUCACACUCCGGGCUAAUCUCAGCGUGGGAAUCGUGGCCAUGACUACGUCCACGAUUAACGGAGUAAAUUAAAAAGCUAAUAAUCUAUUUAUUUAUUUAUUUAUAUAUUUUUUUUAUUGUACUCGUCGAAUAUAAGUAAUUAAGAUCCAGUAAUGAAAAAUAUUUGUCUGGUGAGGCGCUGGAGAUACAACCAAUUCCAAAAAACAUUCUUAAAUUUGGCAUAAAAAAUCUUUCUGAACGAAGCGAGGAAUUUAUUGAUUUUACUAUAUGAGUAAUUAUAUUAUAUUUUUUUUUGUUUAUAAACAACUAUAUUCUAUUUACCAGAAAUCUUGCUCCGAUCAUCAAGCAUAGUGUAUUUUCUAAAAGCAAAUAUUUUCUAGUUGAUUGUUAUUGAGGUAAUUUUAUGAUUUUCCUUGUAGUGUUUUCAAUAAUUUGUACACACGUUUUAAGUUAAAAUUUGUAAGUGAAUCGUAAAAUUCGCGACAUUUCUAAACGUUUAACCGAACUUCGUUCAGAAUCGUGAUUCGUUAGCAAUUUCUGAUAUUGUUUAUUUUUGGAUCACUCCAGCAUCAGCAUCGUCCGUAUCAGUUUUUGACAUAGACGUGUAAAAUUGAACGUGCACAUUUUUGUAUUACCAUUAAAAAAAAAAAAUGUAAUAGUUUUAAAUAGGUAAUGCUAGCCACUGAGUACGUGACCGUAUACUUUAACAUUUUAUUUUUCAAAUGAAACUUUUUUUUUCCUACAGACAAAAGAGUUUGACUGGAGCCCGGAAAUUCGCGGCGUCGUGUUGAGUUCAUUUUUUUACGGAUACAUUUGUACGCAAAUCGUAGGUGGUCUUCUGGCUGUUAAGUUCGGCGGAGUAAGGCUGAUCGGUUAUGGGAUUUUAAGCACGGCGAUUUUCACUGUGCUCACUCCGUUGGCAGCCAAAUAUUCGGUCUACCUGAUCAUUUUCUUCAGAUUUCUCGAAGGGCUGUUUGAGGUUUGUCGAAUAUAGUGGUUUAUAUGAUUACCGUGUUCCCUACCCAAUAAUACAUGUAGCAUACAUACGUGUGUGUACUUGAACGAUUUGUAGGGAAUAGUACUUCCCUCCGUGCAUGCUAUGUGGUCGAAAUGGGCACCACCCGCGGAGCGUACCCGGCUGGGGUUAUUCGCGUUCUCCGGUAACUGUUUGGGCACGGCCAUCGGAUACCAAAUAUGCGGUUGGUGUGCUGAGAAAUUUGGUUGGGCUUACACGUUUUACGUGCCAGGUGAGAAACGUCUAAUGCGAAUAUUCGUUCAUAUAGACACGUAUAUACAUAAUAAUAUUAUCACCAAGUCUGCAGUUCAAAUCCGUAACUUUUUCGAUUGCGUUUUAUUAUUCUUUAAUUUUUGCUUUGUAAAAAUGCUUCGAAACAUAUCUUAAAAUGAUAUAUUCGAUUUGAAAUACACACUAUAAACAAUUUUUUUUUUUUUUAAGAGCUUAUAUUGUAAAUUGGUAUGCUACUGUUGUAGACAGGAAUUUGGCUACAUAGAGUUGGGUAUUUAAUUAUCUGUACGUAACGAUAAAUCAUUACUAACGAAAUACAAUUCUGAAUAAACUUCGGUUGUACAUAUUUUGAAAUGCCAUGAUUUGGAUCUCCAGAGACUUGGUUAGACUAAGUCAUAAUAUUUAGAACACUUUACUUAUAACAAAAAAAAAAAAAAAAAAUAUGUUUUCAACACAAAUUUGUACUUAAUAAUUUUAGUUUUGGCAAAAAUAUCAAUAAUAUGAUCACACGCCUUACUACACACUUGUACGUGUUUAUAAUAGUUGAUAGUAUAAUUUGUGUUUUUCGUGUAACUUUGUUUUUAACAAUAUACAAUUUUAGAAAUUUGGGCUUGGGAAAUGGGAGGGGUGACCCCUAGACCCCUUCUGAAGUCUCCACAGCUGUCUUUAUACUAUUCUCAAUCGUAUUAAAACCACCUUUUUUUCGGUUUUCCUAUUCCUUUCUUUUCACUUACGUUUAUUUGUAUCACAAAAUUCUUAAUGCUUCUGAUUUUUUUUUUCUCAUAGUAUAUCCAAACCAUUUAAGUCUGUCAUUUUCUUUUAUUUUGCCUAUUAUCAAAGCCAUGCUUGAACUAUAUCGUAUAUGUACCUAAUUAUUUAUCUUAUCUUCUCUCAUCACUUCAUCCACAACCAUUUAAGUAUUCCCAUUUCCGCUACACUGCUACAUCUAUUUUUCUGUUUACUAAUCAACACUCUGAAUCAUACAACGUAGUCGUCCUUCACACAUUAUUGUAGAACUUAACUUUAAGUCUCCUUGGAAUUCUCUUGUCACAUAAAACACCUGACGCCUCCACUUUAUCCAACCACACUUAAUCCUAUAUUUCACAUCCUCGUAAAAGCCACUGAAUUUCCCAUUGAAGAACCUAGAUACUUAAAAAAUCUUAACCUCACCUAUCACGGCAUUACCUAUUGUCAUUAUAACUAUUUUAUACUGUUUCUCCAUAUUCUGUUUUACUUCUACUCAUUUUUAUCCUUCUCUAUUUAUCCGUAAGUGCUACUCUCCAUUCCUCAAGCUUAUUACUUAUUGCUUAUUGCUAACUUCUUCUAGAUUUUCUCCUAACAAAGCUAUAUCAUCUGUUAUUUGUUAACAUCGUGCACCAUGGUACCUCUUCUCAUCUGUUGCGCUCGCGCAUUUCCAAGAUGCGACAAUUCACCCAUGUCUUGUUUAAAAUACCUCAUACUGUUUGACAGAAGUUUACACCGGCUGUUGAUUUGAUGCAAUCCCAUUUGGCACUUCAUACGACAGUUCGAGGUACCGUGGGAACUGGGAGUAUUCUAACUCCUCCCAGUUUUUUUUGUAUAAUAUAUAUUAUUAUUAUUGUGUUUUUAUACAGGUUUUGUCGCUAUAGUAUGGUGUACUGUCUGGUUGAUGUGUAUCGCCGAAACGCCGGCACAAGACAAAAGCAUUUCAAAAGCUGAACUAAAAUAUAUUGUUGACUCGUUGGGUCCGACUGAUGAAACAGCGAGUAAAUGUUCAUUUUUUGCUGAUCUCGUCUUAAGAGGCCGUCGUUUAAAAUGGAAUUUAUCGUAUCCGUCUUUCUUACGGGCAACAUAGCAAAAAUGUGUCUUUAAAAUCUUGUUCAUAGAUAAAACCUCUAUUAUAAAGGAUACAAUUUUAAAAAAUUGUCUAAAUAUUCAACUCAUAUUCAACUCAAAAGUAUAUAAAUAUCGUAUUUUAUGUAUAUUUUUUGAAAUAACCGUAACUUUAACAAUAUUUAAUCUAUUUCAAAAAACGUUGAAUCUCUAAAACCGAUUUCAAAGGCUUUUUCAUUUAUUUUACGCGAACACGUCAUAUGGUCCGUUUGAAAGACAGAUACGGCAAAUGACACUCAAUAAAGGUCUUUUAAUAUUAUAUAUUUUGGUCUUUUUUAAAUAUACUCCGUUUUUUUUUUUUUUAUACGUAUAUAGUCAAUUUAUUCAACUGUCCCUGGAAAGAUAUUUUUAAAUCAAUGCCAGUUUGGGCGAUAAAUUGCGCUCAUUUUUGCGAGAACUGGGGAACCUAUACGUUACUCACGCAACUACCGAGUUUCAUAAGUGGUAUGUACCGUAGUUAUACACAAUACAAUAUGAAAAAAAUAAAUUAAACCAAAUACCGAAUUUAUAAAUUAUACCUAUAUGUUAAAGAUACAUUGAAAUUAGACGUGGGAAAAGGAAGUUUACUUUCGGCCAUGCCGUACCUCAUCAUGACAGUUGUCCUCCAGUUUGUCGGUUUCUUCGUCGACUGGCUUAGAAAAAACAGCUCGUUGUCUAAUACACAAGUACCGAUAUCAACUUUAUAUUAUAGCCAUAUUUAAUUUUCGGUAUAGAUUUUUUUUCUUUUUAGAUUAGAAAGACAUUCAAUAGCGGCGCGUUCCUGGGUCAAGCGACUUUUAUGCUUUUAACAGCCAUUUCCUCCAGCGGGUUUGAGUCCAUGGUUUAUUUAACGUUAACGUUAACCGUUGGAGCGUUUGCUUUGAGCGGAUACAGGUGGUGUAGUUAUUUUAAACUUACUUGCCAUCGUAAUUUUUACGUCACGUUUUAAACAAAUCGACAAAUAACAAUCGACUUAAAAAAAAAAAAAAGCGUUCACUCAUUGGUUGAUUUCAGCAAGACUGGGAAAAUCAAUGAAUAAAUUAUAUCAACUCCGGUUAAGCUGUUAUAAUCGUUAAUUGGAAUAUAUUAUAUAGAUUAUAAAUUUAAUAUCGCGUUAAAUCUAAAAGAAAUUUAAAUUAAUUUAAUGCGGUUAAUAUAAUUUCAAUUUAACCAGGUUAAACUAAAAAUGAAUGUAAAAGAUAUGGUGAAAAGUUUAAAUCAAUUUUGAUUUAUAAGUCAUAACUUUUUAAAGAGUGAAUAACCUACCUUUGUUUAUUUGUUUCGCGUACUUAUAAUGUUAUAAUAAAAAUACGAGGAACUCGAAUUGCUUAUUAUAGUAUUGUAUAAUAUUUUGUAGUGUUAAUCAUUUGGACGUGGCGCCUCAAUACGCCGGUAUUUUAUACGGAAUAUCAAAUACUUUCGCGUCCAUACCGGGCAUCGUUUCUCCGAUGGUGACCAGUAAAAUCGUACGAAACAAAGUCAGUGUAUUUCGGUAUAUUCUUCGUAUAGCGUACUAAAUAUUAAUUAACGACCGGAUUUGUAUGCGUUUAAAAUGCUAAAAAAUACGAGUAUAUGUUUUUAUAAUAUAUUCUAUGUUUAAUGCUUAAAAAUUUUUAAAACAAAUAUUUAUAUAUAUACAUACGAUAAUAUUGAAAUCUUUACCGAAAAAUACCUGGAUUUCGGUGUUCGAUAUUGCCUUAAGUAUCGCAAGUAUUGAGGUAUCGGAUCGCCUAUCCCUAUAGUAAAUACAUAAAACAUCAAUAAGUUAUAAAAUGAACAGUUUCAAUUUCUUUUUCCGUAAUAGAUAAGAGAUAUCAUAUUAUAUUCAUCAGAAUAGUUGUGGCGCUUGUUGGCGAAUGAUCAUCAAAUUCGUCUCUUCAAAGCAAGGGAAACCCGAUGAAGGUUGCCGUAGUUUGUUUAUAUUGUAUUUUCUUAUAAAUCUAUUAGGUGCACGUGAUGAAAAAUGCACUAAAAGCUCAAUAUCAUAUUCUUGAAACAUAAUAUUAUAUUGUACGAAACAUUUUUGAUCUAAAAAUAUGCUUUUUUCGGGCGGUAAAGAUGUUUUCGUACAUCAGUUUAUUGACAAAUGAACCGUCAAAAGAGCUGAGCUUGAAUUAGACCUGCGCAUUAUUGCCUUGGCACAUACCUAAUCACAUACAAAUCCGAUAUUUAAUUAAUAUAACUUACUUAAGAUGACGUGCUACUUUAUCCCCCUCCCAUAAUUCGACUGUCAAUUUUUUUUUGUACGGGAAAAAACUACUCGGGCUACACAUAGACUUAAUUAAGAAAUCGAAUAAUUUUCAUCAUAGAAAAAAGAACACGCAAUGUGCAAUGUUCAUUUUAUUUUUCCUUAUUAUAAAAAUAAAAAAAAUGUAUUAUUAUUUAAAAGUAUGACAGUUUUAAGUUUUUCAAACUUGAACAACUUUUUACAUAUAUCAACAAGACGACAAAACUAGAACCAUCGCUUAGUGCAAGUUCUCUUUGUUUUAUGAUCAAAAUUUUGUUUUGCAACUCAAUCCAUAGCCCGAGUAGUUAUUUUUUCCGUGUGAAACGGUUUUUCGUAAAUAUUUUUGUUAAUUUAACGAUUACGCAAUAAUGCGAUAAAGAUAGAGAGCAUAAUAUCUUUAUAUAAAUGUAUUUAAAAGUAAAUUUGAGUAUUUUUAAGUUGAUCAAAUUUUAAUUUUUCAAAAAAUUGUGAAAAUGGUACGCAAUCCAAAUACCCAGUAGCACGGCCUCUUAAUAAAAUAAUAUUACCAUGAAAAAACGUUGAAAUUAUGUUUGUUGUAUUUAUUGUAAAAUCCUUAGAGCGCAGAAGAAUGGAAGUGGGUUUUCAUGAUUUCGAGUGGUGUAUAUUUUUGCGGCGCCAUAUUCUACGCGACAUUUGCCUCGGCGGAACGACAACCUUGGGCCGAAGUCAAAGCGCCGGAAAGAAAGAACCAGGAAGUCAACGCACCUCUAAUAUGAAAUCGCACAUAUUAUCGCAGACAUAUUAUAACUAGACUAGGAAUGACGAUCGUUUCACAUGUAAUGUAUUAUGUACGUUAGAGACAGACAAUACGAAAUUUUUUCAUGACAAUAUUAUCAUGGUUUUUUUUUUUUAUGUAAGUAUGUAUGCAGUACGUUCACGCUAGAGAUACCACUAAAUAUUUCAGUUGGAUGAUCUAGUAUUGGAAUUGAAUUUUCGGGGAAUGAUUGGAAGUACCCAAAUACACAUUUUCAGACAAAUUUCUAAUUUUUAACUCUUUUGGUACGUACGUGCGCAAUACAACUCACUUUUUUUUUAAAUGGCGACACCAUUUUUUUUUCUAUAGAAUAUUUUUUUUUAAAUAAUUUUUGUCUAAAAAGUUUUUUUUAAUUAUAAAAUUGGCAAAGUUACAGUAUGUUGAAAUUUAAUAUUUACGAAUAAUCUGUAAUUGACGAAAUUUUAACUAUGUACAACUUUUAUACUAGAAUAUCAAAAUGAUGAUAUCUCCGAUAUUGUGAAAUACCUGUUUAUAGACAGAUAAGACACAAGUUAACACUUCAGUUAUUUUUAUGGGGGCGUUUAAAUAUAUUGUGUAUGUGGAUUCUCUUAAUGAUGUCCAAGAUUUAAAAAGACAAAUUACAAGUAGUAUGUAAUAAUUUGAGAGAAGACAAAAUAAACGCUGCAACAUCAAGAGAAUUUUUAAACCGUUUGGAAUCAUGUUUGGAACACCGAGGCGGAAACUUUGGACAAUUUAUUUGAUAAAACUAUAGUUGCAAAUAAAUAAAUCUUAAUUUCAAAUUCAUAGUGUGUAUAUUUUUAUAAGUUUUAUUACCUUCAAUUUAUUUCGGAAGAAUAAAUGAUAAAAAUAAAUCUAAAUUACGAAAACAGUGUUAUGUGUGUCUUAUAUAUAUCUACAAACAGGUAUUUAAAAAUAUCGGAGAUAUCAUUUCGAUUUUCGAGUGCAAGUUGAACAUUAUUAUAAAUUCGUCAAUUACAGAUUAUUCUUAAAUAUUAAAUUUCAACAUACUUUGCCAAUUUUUUAAUUAGAAAAAAAACUUUUUAUACAAAAAUUGUUUAAAAAAAAAUACUCUAUUCGAUUCUGUAGAAAAAAAAAAUGGUAUUUGCCAUUGGCACGUGGGUACCAAAAGAGUUAAAAAUUUGAAAUUUGUCUGAAAAUGUGUAUUUGGUAUGCCAAAAUGUGUAUUUAGGUAGUCCCUAUCAUUCCCCGAAAAUCCCAUUUCAAUACUAGGUCAUCCAAUUGGAAUAUUUAGUGGUACCUCUGAGCGUUGACGCACUGUAUAAUAUAUACAUAAAUAUACACAUUUUUAUAUUAUAGUCUGAUUUUACUAUUAUUCCUGGUUUAGUUAUAUUAUGAUGUCUAUGUGCGUAUCGGGUACCUAUAAUCGGAACCUGAUAAUAUAACCCGACCUUGUGUUUAAUCCUAUAACUUCCUCGAUCCGGUGGUAUUGAGAUUAAAAACACAACACAUACAAAAAAAAAAAAAAUGUAUAGGAUCGAAUUUCGACGUCAAAUAAAUAUUUAACCUCCCCCCCCACUCCCAAACACACAAUAAACCCUCUUUAAAAAUGUACAAAUAAGUAAUAUAUUUAUAACGUUUUCAUUAGUAUAGUAUCUUUGGUCUCAGGGAAGAAGGAUUCAAGUUAAUCGUUUUUUUUAUAGUUUGCAUGAAAUUGCAUGCAUUAACAUGCAAUUUCAUUUUUUUUAAAUACAUACACUUGUAAAGAAAAUAAUAUAUUAGUAUUCUAUACACACUAAUUUAAAAAAAAAUGUACAAUUAUAAUUUUAGACCCAGAAAUAAAAGGUAAAAAAUUACAUUAGACAUAAUUAUGAAAAAAAUGUUCCAAAAAUUUACUUAAGCCCUCUAGUACUCUGGGACCAAACAUACAUAAGUACAUCAUAUUAUAUACAGUCGAACCUCUAUUGAACAAACUUCAAUUUAACGAAACUCUCUGUAUAACAAAAUAUUUUAUGGUACCAUGAAAUUUUUAUUCAAAAACGUUUCUAUUCAACGAACUAAUUUUUUUAAACAAAUAUAAAAAAAUAUUGUUAUUUAUAAAGUACACACUCGUCAAGAAUAGAUAUGGUAUGCUCGUACGCUAUCAUACCUCAUUAAAUUGUAUUACUUUAAAUUAUUGUUAUGGAUAUUAAUAUACAAGAGACGAUCUAUUAUAAAACCUAUUGU